UGGGGAGGAGUCAGUCGUUAAAAGCUGUUCCCUCUCGGGCCUGACUCACCCACAAGGCCAGGUGCGAGUGCGGGGGUACCCGGCUGCGCCCCGGCCUCAGCUGCGAUACUAGCGUCUGAGCAGGAAGCUGACGGCCUCCACCAAAGACCGAGUAGCUAGAGGUAGGAGCGGGACUGGGUCUGGCACUGCACCGCAGCAAGGAAAGGAGAAAGCAACCUGCUGUACGGACAGAUUUUGCACUCCACUCCCCUGCAGGGUGCAGGAUUAAAACGGUAGGGAGCGGGGGCUCCAGAAUAAGGACUCUUGAACUUGGGGACGAGAUUCUCUAGAAGGACUCCAUACUAGGAAGGCACUUCCAUUUUAAGGACACAGUUUGGAGACCAACGUUUCGCUUUCGAGGAGAGGGCGUGUAGGCGCCCUCUUUAAGGCUUCCCUCCAUCCCCAUGGCGCAACCCGGCCUCGCACAAGACCAGGCUUGGAGCCUGGAACCUCCCACUCCCACGGCCCCUGCCUCCUCCUCCUCCUCGGGCUCCCGGGAGCGGGAGGACGCUGAGAGCCCCGUGGUCUCCGGGGGCCUUCCCUUGGAGAAGGUGAAGCGACCCAUGAACGCGUUCAUGGUGUGGAGCUCCGCUCAGCGCCGCCAGAUGGCGCAGCAAAACCCGAAGAUGCACAACUCGGAGAUCUCCAAGCGCCUGGGCGCGCAGUGGAAGCUGCUGGGCGAGGACGAGAAGCGGCCCUUCGUGGAGGAGGCCAAGCGGCUGCGGGCCCGACACCUGCGCGACUACCCCGAUUACAAGUACCGGCCCCGGCGCAAGACGAAGAGCGCGGGAGCUGGGCUGCCCCAUUUCUGCCAGGGAAGCGGCGGUGUGGCUCUCUGGGGGCCAGGAUACGCCACCACCCAUGGGAGCAGAGGCUUUGGGUACCAGCCCCCCAACUACUCGACAUCCUACUUGCCUCGUGGUUUCAUCUCUUCCCACUCUAAACCGGAGGCCUCAGCGUGCUCCCUCCAUCAGAGUAACCCUAGGCUCCAGGGGGAACUGCUCCCCGUUUAUAAUCCCUACCCACCCCCAGGCUCUCCUACUUCCUACCACCCGCCCCGCUCAGGGGCCCCCAUGCCGCUGGCCCACCUCUAGUAAGCAUGGGUAUGGACCUCCCAGGAAGGGCUCCAACCUCUUUUUCACCCAGAACUAUCCCCCCACUUCCAACUGCAAACCCUUCUUUUGCACAUUUGACCGGUUUAGAGGCCUGUGGUCCCCCCCCCCCCCGAGGGAGCAACACACUUUUUUAUAUUUUUGUAGGACAAACACGGUUUUGUACAAUUAA